AAAGCAGACGAUGUAGAAUUUGUUUCGAUAUCAUCACAUGACUAUAAGUUCACAAAAUGAGAUAAAUGGUCUUGUUUUUAAUGAACACGCAUGUGUACUAUUAUUGUCGAUUUAAGUGAUUGUGAUCUAGUUGUACUUUCAUUUUUUAUAUAUAUAAAAGUUCUUGUAACUAAACAGAUGGCCGGUCCGCGUUUGCUUUUAUUAUCCAACUCUAAGCAACACGGUGGUGAUUACUUUGAAUGGUGCGCUGAGUAUGUGAAAUCAUUUUUCACGCAGAAUAAUGUCUCUGAAGUGCUCUUCAUUCCAUAUGCUAUCAGAGAUUAUGAUGGAUAUAAAAAUAAAGUUUCUGGCCCAUUAGAAAAGUUAGGCUUACAUAUUGAAAGUAUUCAUGAAAAGAAAGAUCCUGUAGAAGCUGUAAAUCAAUCAAAAGGAAUAUUUGUUGGUGGUGGAAAUACAUUUUUACUUCUGAAAACUCUAUAUGAGAAACAAUUAAUUCGACCUAUACGUCAGAGUGUAUUAACUAGAGGAGUGCCAUAUAUGGGCUCUAGUGCAGGAACAAAUGUUGCUACUAGAAGUAUAAAUACAACAAAUGAUAUGCCAAUCUGUUAUCCUCCUUCCUUUGAAGCUCUGAAAUUGGUGCCUUUUAAUAUCAACCCUCAUUAUAUUGAUGCUGAUUUAAACAGCAAACACAUGGGUGAGACGAGGGAAGAAAGGAUUAAGGAAUUUUUGGGAGAACCAGAGUGUGCUCCUGUUUUGGGUCUUAGAGAAGGAAGUUGCUUAUUAGUAGAAAGUGAAAAAGCCACAUUGCUAGGAAUAAAUUCAGCUAUACUGUUUGAAAAGUAAGACAAAUUCAGAA